AUGCGGUUUUCUAUUCUUGUACUUUCAAUCGGGCUUGUUCUGGCUGCUCCAGUAAUUGUUGGGAAUGUUCCUGAUGUUCAUGGUCACGAUAUCAGAGAUGCUUCCCUCAAUAACUUGAUUGUUAACGCUAAACGUGAUACUGACGACGGUGGCCAUGACAACAAGCGUGACGGUGGUGAGCAAUGUGAGGACUGCAACGUCAGCGACGGUGGCCAUGACGACAAGCGUGACGGUGGUGAGCAAUGUGAGGACUGCAACGUUGGCGACGGUGGCCAUGACGACAAGUAA